AUGUCCAAGAUCAAGAUCAGCACGAGUGAUGCUGCUAAGCUAGCAGAGCUGAUUAGUCGGAUGCAGAGAUGUGCCGACCUGGUGGAGAAGGACGUGCUGCGCUCAGAGGAGCUGCUGGCCAAGGACCAGGAGCGGGAGGUCCAGUCCCAGUCCUUCCUGCAUCAGACUGAGUGUGCAGAGAAACUGGCAGAAGCUGAAGGUCUCCUCAAAGAACUAUUCAUGGAUGUGGACCGAGCCAAGAAGCUGGGACACCCCCAGGUCCAGGACAUCGAGAAAGAUGUGAAGAACCUCCAUGGGCGCUGGGCCAAUGACUGUGCGGUCUACAGAGAGGUCUAUGAACAGGUCCAGGACCUGGAGCUGCAGAAGAAGAUCGACUGGGGAACUUUGCUGGACUCUAAACUGAGGCAGAUACAGUCCCAGGCGUUUGGACCCUCUCUGUCUGAUGUAGAGAAACAAAAAGCUGCUCACAACAUCCUGCAGCAGGAGAUCGAGGCGUACGGAGCCCAGCUGCAGCCGGGACCCACACUGUCUAAGGAGAGCUACACGUCUGUGAAGGACAAAUACGACCAGCUCCGAAGGACCUCGGAGCAGCGACACACACACCUCUCCUCUCUUUACGACUACAUGCAAACCUGCAACAAGGAGCUGCUAUACCUCUCGGGGCAACAGGAGCGAAUCCUGCAGCGAGACUGGAGCGACCGCAUGACUGACCCUGCCGGAGUGCGGACCGAGUACGAGAGAUUCAAGUCCAACGGUCUCCAGGCGCAUGAGGUCGAGAUAAACCAGGUGCAGAUCGAAGGAGACCACCUCCUGGACUCAGGACACCCGGCCAAAGAAACUAUAGAUAGCUGCCAGAGAAAGAUCCAGACCGAGUGGCAGAACUUCCUCAACCUGUGUCUGGCUCAAGAGGAACAUCUGGACAACAUCCGGGACUACAAGAAGUUUCAGUUGGAUGCAGAGACUCUGUCUGACUCUAUGCACCGCCUUCACUCCAAUCUGGACCCGAAGGUGCUGAAGGACAAGAAGAACCAGGAGGUGGUGCUGGCCAUAGAGGGAGACGAGCCGGCGCUGCAGAGGAACCAGCAGAGACUGUCUGCUCUCUCAGACCUCAGUCUCACUGUGGUCCCCCUCAAGCUCCGCAGGGUCCCUCCCUCCUCCUCCACCUCAGUGUUGUCUCUGUGCAACUGGGAGGUACCUCAGGGCUCCGUGUCUCGGGGACAGACCCUCAAACUCAGGUCCAACUCUGAUCCUCGGUCGUGGGAGGUUCAGGACGACAAGGGUCUCCUGCUGUCUCUGCCAGGGGCCUGUCUCAUGGUCCCACCCCCGGACCAGGAGGCCCUCAGCAAGGUGGACAGCCUGCAGAGGGAGUUGUCUGAGUUGAAAACCCGUAGAUCAGCUUUACUGUCGUCACUGAAGACAACGGAGACUGUGGUCCCUCGUAAAGCAGGAACUCUCUCCUUCCUCACCUCUGGAACUCUCUCCUUCCCUCACCUCUGGAACUCUCCUCUCUCCCUCACCUCAGGAAUUCUAUCCCUUCCUCACCUCUGGAACUCUCUCCUCCUCACCUCUGGAACUCUCUCCUCCCUCACCUCUGGAAUAUCUCUCCCCCCACUCACCUCUGGAACUCUCACCUCCCUCACCCCUCACACUGGAACUCUCUCCCUCACCUCACCUCUAGGAACUCUCUCCUCCCUCACCUCUGGAACUCUCUCCCCCCUCACCUCUGGAACUCUCCUCCUCCCUCACCUCUGGAACUCUCUCCCCCCUCACUCUGGAACCUCUCCUCCUCACCUCUGGAACUCUCUCCUCCCUCACCUCUGGGAACUCUCUCCUCCCUCACUCUGGAACUCUCUCCUCCCUCACCUCUGGAACUCUCUCCUCCCUCACCUCUGGAACUCUCUCCUCCCUCACCUCUGGAACUCUCUCCCCUCACCUCUGGAAACUCUCUCCUCCCUCACCUCUGGAACUCUCUCCCCCACCCUCACCUCUGGAACCUCUCUCCUCCCCUCUCCUCUGGAACUCUCUCACUCCCUCACCUCUGGAACUCUCUCCCCCCUCACCUCUGGAACUCUCUCCUCCCUCACCUCUGGAACUCUCUCCUCCCUCACCCCUCUGGAACUCUCUCCUCCCUCACCUCUGGAACUCUCUCCUCCCUCACCUCUGGAACUCUCUCCCCCUCACCCUCUGGAAACUCUUCUCCUCCCUCACCUCUGGAAAACUCUCUCCCUCCCUCACCUCUGGAACUCUCUCCUCCUCACCUCUGGAACUCUCUCCUCCCUCACCUCUGGAUACUCUCUCCUCCCUCACCUCUGGAACUCUCUCCCCCUCACCUCUGGAACUCCUCUCCUCCCUCACUCUGGAACUCUCUCCUCCCUCACCUCUGGAACCUCUCUCCUCCCUCACCCUCUGGAACUCUCUCCCCCUCACCUCUGGAACUCUGUCUCCUUCCCUCACCUCUGGAACUCUCUCCUCCCUCACCUCAGGAACUCUCUCCUCCCUCACCUCUGGAACUCUCUCCUUCCUCACCUCUGGAACUCUCUCCACCCUCACCUCUGGAACUCUCUCCCUCACCUCUGGAACUAUCUCCCCUACAACCUCUGGAACUCUCUCUCCCUCCCUCACCUCCUCCCUCACCUCUGGAACUCUCUCCUCCCUCACCUCUGGAACUCUCUCCUCCCUCACCUCUGGAACUCUCUCCCCCUCACCUCUGAAACUCUCUCCUCCCUCACCUCUGGAACUCUCUCCUCCCUCACCUCUGGAACUCUCUCUCCCUCCUCUGGAACUCUCUCCUCCUCCUCUGGAACUCUCUCCUCCCUCACCUCUGGAACUCUCUCCUCCCUCACCUCUGGAACUCUCUCUCCCUCACCUCUGGAACUCUCUCCUCCCUCACCUCUGGAACUCCUCCCCCCUCAACCUCUGGAACUCUUAUCCCUCCCUCACCUCUGGAACUCUCUCCUCCCUCACACUCUGGAACUCUCUCCCACCUCACUCUCUGGAAACUCUCUCCUCCCUCACCUCUGGAACUCUCUCCUCCUCACCUCGGGAACUCUCUCCUCCCUCACCUCAUGGAACUCUCUCCUCCCUCACCUCUGGAACUCUUCCUCCCUCACCUCUGGAACUCUCUCCUCCCUCACCUCUGGAACUCUCUCCCCCCUCACCUCUGGAACUCUCUCCCCCUCAACCUCUGGAACUCUCUCCACCCUCACCUCUGGAACUCUCUCUCCUCCCUCACCUCUGGAACUCUCUCCUCCCUCACCUCUGGAACUCUCUCCGCCCCUCACCUCUGGAACUCUCCUCCUCCAUGUCACCUCUGGAACUCUCUCCUCCCUCACCUCCUGGAACUCUCUCCUCCCUCACCUCUGGAACUUCUCUCCUACCCUCACCUCUGGAACUCUCUCCUCCCCUCACCUCUGGAACUCUCUCCUCCCUCACCUCUGGAACUCUCUCCUCCCUCACCUCUGGAACUCUCUCUCCCUCACCCUCUGGAACUCUCUCCUCCCUCACCUCUGGAACUCUCUCCUCCCUCACCUCUGGAACUCUCUCCUCCCUCACCUCAGGGAACUCUCUCCUCCCUCACCUCUGGAACUCUCUCCCAUCCCUCACCUUGGAACUCUCUCCUCCCUCACCUCUGGAACUCUCCAUCCCUCACCUCUGGAACUCAUCUCCUCCCUCACCUCUGGAACAUCUCUCCUCCCUCACCUCUGGAACUCUCUCCUCCCUCACCUCUGGAACUCUCUCCUCCCUCACCUCUGGAACUCUCUCCUCCCUCACCUCUGGAACUCUCUCCUCCCUCACCUCUGGAACUCUCUUCCCCCUCACCUCUGGAACUCUCUCCUCCCUCACCUCUGGACACUCUCUCCUCCCUCACCUCUGGAAUCUCUCUCUCCUCACCUCUGGAACUCUCUCCCCCUCACCUCUGGAACUCUCUCCCCCCUCACCUCUGGAACUCUCUCCUCCCUCACCUCUGGAACCUCUCUCCUCCUCACUCUGGAACUCUCUCCUCCUCACCUCUGGACUCUCUCCUCCCUCACCUCUGGAUACUCUACUCCUCCCCUCACCUCUGGAACUCUCUCCCCCCUCACCUCUGGAACUCUCUCCUCUCUCUCAACUCUGGAACUCUCUCCUCCCUCACCUCUGGAACUCUCUCCUCCCUCACCUCUGGAACUCUCUCCUCCCUCACCUCUGGAACUCUCUCCUCCCUCACCUCUGGAACUCUCUCCUCCCUCACCUCUGGAACUCUCUCUCCCCCUCACCUCUGGAACUCUCUCCCCCUCACCUCUGGAACUCUCUCCUCCCUCACCUCUGGACACUCUCUCCUCCCUCAACCUCUGGAACUCUCUCCUCCCCUCACUCGGAACUCUCUCCUCCCUCACCUCUGGAACUCUCUCCCCCUCACCUCUGGAACUCUCUCCUCCCUCACCUCUGGAACUCUUCCUCCUCACCUCCUGGAACUCUCUCCUUUUUUCCCUCACCUCUGGAACUCUCUCCUCCCUCACCUCUGGAACUCUUCUCCUCCCUCACCUCUGGGAACUCUCUCCCUCCUCACUCUCUCUCCUCCCUCACCUCUGGAACUCUCUCCCCCUCACCUCUGGAACUCUCUCCUCCCUCACCUCUGGACUCUCUCCUCCCCUCACUCUGGAACUUCCUCCCUCACCUCUGGAACUCUCUCCUCCCUCAACCCUCUGGAACUACUCUCCCCCCUCACCUCGGGAACUCUCUCCUCUGUGUGUGUCUAGGUCAGAGGUCAUUGUCCUGUGA